GAUGCAAGGAAUUUUUGCCAAAGCAAGCACUCCAUUUCCUUGCAGGUCCUGAAUGUGUUCUGUCAGUAUCUGUGGGUGUAAAUAAUGAUCAUUUUGUUCCAAUAUGGUUAGAGAGGAGGUGCUGGUGGGUAUUUCAUCACUGAACCGAUGGGUAUAAAUUAACUUGUGACGGGACAACCAGAUGUCUGGACUCUUCCCAUGAAGCAGAGGCACAGGAGAAACAAAAGGGGGUUUCUAGCCAGUUUCCCAGACUCUAGCGGAUGUGCCAGAUGAGGGAGGAAAACCUAAUUUAAGACAGAGAGUGAAGCUACCCAGAGGCAUUCACAAUGUCUUUCAAGCUUACCAAAAGACCGAGCAGCAAAAAGAAAAGACCUCUGAAGGACAAUGCCCAGGCAGAGAUUCUUCAUAAGCUUGGCCUAGAGGCCUAUAGCACUAGACAACUUGAUUCUGCAUCAGUGUUAAAUAUCAACGCAUGGACUCUGGAGGAUAAACAGCCUCUAGAACUCAAAGAUCUCCCAAAUACUUUCCUCAGACGCCUUUGGCUGCUUAGUGAAGAUGCCCGGAGCACUUGUUGCCAGACUCAGCUUGACCCUUUCAAUGAGGAUGGCAAAUUACCAGAGGAAAAACUCAGCAGUUUGGAAGAAAAUGCUAUCAACCCCCUGGAUCUGGUCACAUCUGUCUUUAUAUCUGCUGACACAUUUCUGCAGCAGGAGAUAACUGUGCGCAUGAUGCAGUGCAAGUUUGCUGUGCCUUUGGUCCUACCAAACGCUGAUCCAGAGAAACCCAGUCAGUUCCUUCUCUGGCCGUUAAGAGGUGUUUUGGGCCAAUGGAGAUCGCACUCUCUGGUUACUAAUGGCAGAGUACAAAAUGGCAAUUUGGCAAGUACACCUCUGCCAAUUAUUUCAUGUAUAAAACUUGGCCGUUGCAGUGUCUCUAAGUCACAAGUGCUUAACUAUGUUCUGACUGGACCUAAAUCAAGCAAAAACAUAUUCAUACAUAAGGGCAUGGAUGGAGGGCAAGUUCCCCGAAGACUCUCUAAUGGCCUUGUAGAGAUUGGAUGGUAUCUACCCACUGAAGAUGUCGACAGAGAUAUAUACCAAGCCCCUUUUGUUAUCUCUAAUUUACGAGGUGAUGCCAGCCAUCAUGAGAGAUGUCUCAAACUUUUAUGUCAAGCAUCAUCGGCUGUUAUAAUUUUCUGUGGAGACUUUAAGGAGAAAGAGAAACAACUCCUUGAAUCUUGCAAAGCCAUGGCAAGUAAGCUCAUCCUAAUCGACGUCUACGGCACAGAAGGAGAAGAGAACACAACUAUGGGAUAUGAUGGACAGAGCCUUCAAGAAUGUUUAUGGCUUCCCAAAGAGUCUGUGCUUCCAGGGAGUACUUUGAGUGUGGAGAAAGUGGCAAACAACCUUUGUGAAAUCCUUAAAAGUUGGGUACCAGACAAUCUGAAACCCGUUACACUUGAGGCAGCAGCAAAAUUAGCAUUGGAUAUUGGCCUAAAUGUGGAUGAAAGCCCAGUCUGCAAAAAAGCAAUGGCCACAGUGGAGGAAAUAUUGAAGGGUUUAGAUGAGGGAUCAGUUGAAUUUCAACAGAAACAACUCCCUUUGCAGGGGCAUUUGUGGCACAAACUGGCAGAGUUAGAUAAGGAGGAAAGCAAACACAGAAAAUCAGAAAAAGAAACUGAACCCCAACUUCAAGAAGAAAAGAAAGACAUCUUGGCAGAGUUAAAAAGGUACAAAAUGACCCCAGCUAUGAAGAUUUUUAUAGACGCUCUUUUCACAAAGGAUAAAAUUCAGAGGACUUAUUUCCUUACUUGGCUCAAAUUGAGGCUUCAACUACAACAAACCGAAAAACUGAACAGUUUUCCAGAGUCACAGACAGAAAAAACAGAACAACUGGAAAACCUUAAACAUGAAGCCGAUAACAGUGUAGAUAGUGACAGUUUCUGUACAGAUUCUGAAGAGGAAACUGAAGAACAGCCAGUAAACAAUGAAGGAUCAGACAUUGUUCAGUGCAUCAAAACAACACAAGAGGAGGAACAACCUUUGCAUAAUACAGAAAACACCACUCAACAUUUGGAGUCCACACCAGAGUUAUCACGUUCUAACGAGGAACAAUUGUACCUUGAAGAUUCAUGUGAAGAUGCUAAAGCCUUGUAUUCACAGUCUCUUGAGUCAAAAACAUACAAUUUAGGCAUUGAACACUUUUUCCGUGAGAUGGGGCUGAUUUUUGAGCUCACACAUACAAGUGGAAGUCAGAAUGUGUUGCGUUUGCCCAAGCUUGCAGCAGAUCUUCUCCUCCAUGGGGUUCCACUAGAACUAAUGGAUGGAGAUGCAUCAAACGUCCCAAUAUGCUGGCUGGGUUCCAUCUUUGCAGAGCUGAACCACUUCCUACAUCAAGAGAAGUUGAGGACCAGAGUGCUGACGAUCCUAGGCAAUCAUCACGCUAGGAAUGCUGUGGUUCUGUCUGGCCUGUUUGGUGUUGAACUCCAAGAGGGAUGGAAAAGAACAAACAGAGGGGUUUAUAUGGCUGUUCUAAGUCUCCCUGAUGAUUGCAGAAAAGACUUAGAUUAUGAUCUUCUUUUGUUAAUUGACGUGGAAGGCCUUGGCUUAGCUUCAGGAGGAAUUGAAACUGAUAUGUUAAGUCACGACAAUAUGAUGGCCACAUUUGCAAUAGGAUUAAGUGAUGUUUUACUCCAGAACAUUUCUCCUCAUGCUGGCAAAGAGAUCGAGACAACAUUUAAGGUCAUGGUCAGUUCUCUCCUCCGCUCCAAAGAAUGCGGUGUAUUUCCUAUUUGCAAUCUCCUGGUUCAAGAUGAGGGCCUAGACGCUGUAUUACAAGCUUCCCAGUUGAGGCAUGUUUGCAAGAUGCUACAGACUGAAGACAAAGAAAAUGUCAACAAUCUCUAUGCAUUAAAUACAAGCAGCACCACAUUUGUGAAAGGACCUUGGCCCAAUAUGUCUCUUUCUGAAACAGUUGAUAAACAAUACACAAAUGAUGUGUUAAAGCUUAAGGAAACCCUGUUUGGAGCCCUAAAGAGAUGUUCAACCAAGUCUGAAGAGUCAGAUUUCAUUGGACGGUUGUCUAAGGUGUGGGAUGCAGUAAAAAGUGAUUCAUUUUCCAUUAGUCUACAGAACAUCAACAUGGCUUUAGGGUUUUCUUUGCUCUGCACAGAGUUUUCCCAAUGGGAAGAUGGUCUUCUGGAAAGCAUGGAGAGCUGGUUAAUGGGGGCAACAACAAAAAUCAUUGCCACAAAGGCUUUGGAUGGUACCGCUCAAGAUGCCCUUUUAAGUGAGUUGAAGAAAGAAGCGCAGGAGGAAGUCAAAUCAGAAGUACACAAACUCAAAUCAAAAGCAGAAAGCUAUCUGAUGUCAGAAGAAAAUCUCAAAAUGAAUUCUGAAACAUUCAUGCCUAUGCUUUUGAGCAACAUGAGCAAACUCCAGGAAAGAGCCUCUGAGGAGGUCAUGCAAAAGUUGGAGACAAUCAAUGAGUCGCACUGUUCUUUGACUCAAAUUGAAAAAUUUGAAACAUCACUGGAAAGAGAGCAGGAGUUCAAGUUAGUUGCACUAGUGGAGACAAGCAAGUCCACCAAUAUUCUUCUUCAAGAUCACGAACUGGAAGAGGAGUUUGAGAGUGUGUGGAAGAAGAUGUGUUCCAGUUUUGACUUCAGACCUUCAGAAAGUGAUGACAUUAGUUCAAGUGUGGCAGACGUUCUGAGGCAGAAUCUAAUCAGUCGUGGCCUCCAGAAACACAUGGAAAAACUUAAUGUCGUAGGCCAAAAGCAGACUUCCAAUUUCCAAGUAUGUGAUGAACAUUUUGGAUAUCGCAGCCGGUUAAAACACAUGCUUGAAGACAACAAUAAGCAACAAAAAUUAGAUGCUCAAAAGACAGCGAACAAAAUCAUAGAGGAAUACAACAAGUUUAGUGCAAAUAAAUGCAGCUUAGCAGCAGAUUUCUCAGAAAGCUACAUCACUGAGCUGUUAGAAAUGAUUGAAAAUGGUUUAAGAGAAAAGUCAUUGGAAAUCCGAUCAGCUUUUGAAGUCGAUUUAAAAAUACAUCUGUGCAAUGCAGCAUGUCAAGAUUUCCAAAAAUUACAUGACCGCUUUGGCAAGGACAAAGAACUUCUGACAUAUAUAUCUGAAACCAAGAAUAAGUACGCAGCAGAGUUCAUUUACCAGUUUAGGAAACGAGAUCAGUGCCAGAGGGUGGCCCAAGCAUUCAUAUCCAUGGUCAUCAAACCAUUAGUGUUAGCAUAUAUCAAUCAGCCAUUGGGGAUACAAAUAGCAAAGGAGAUUGAGAAUAAAGCUAAGCAGUUUCAGUCUCCACAUGCUUUCCACCAAAGCAUACUAGAAGAUCUGAUUAAUGAAGAUUGCUUUGAAAGCUUUGAACAAUAUUUGUUGUUCUAUGAAGACUACAGACGAACAAAGAUUAAUGACACAGUGGUUGCUCACUUGGCUGACAUAACCAGCCUUCGUAAAUUAAAGCAACAAAGACUUGGAGAAGUUGUAGGCCAGAUUGCAGCAGCUGUAAGUCAAACAACAGAAGGUGCCAGUGGAGUGCUCAGUGAUACAAAGCCACUGCUGGAGAGAGUCUGUCUCAUUUUAGAGAAAGAUGCAAACAUUAACGUUGAGAAGGAGUCUCUAAAUGGUCCCCUCUUUAGCAUCACAACAGAUUGGGAUUGCUUUGUUAAGUGUUUACUAGAGUUACUGGCCACAAUGCACUUAGGUCUCAGUCAGACCUUCAACCAAAAUGUGGAUGUACUCGAGGUUCUCAAUGACCUUUCAAUUCUGCCGCAGGACCACCUUCUCCAAAUAGUGAGAGGCUGUGACAAAAGAUGCCCUCUAUGCAAGGCCCCUUGUGACAAAGUAGAGCUUGACCAUGAGAUACACAGCUCUCUGCUUCAUCGACCCAAAGGCAUACUGCCUCGUGACAUCUGUUCUCCAUUUCAUCUCAGUAGCUCAGAAACCAGCAAGGACUCACACGCAGAAUUCAUGAUAUGUAAAAAUCUUCCUUUGCAAGAUACGAACUGGAGUGAUGUUUCUGAUGACCUCAACAGCCAAAAGGCCAACAAUUACUGGAGGUACGUGUUGGUGAGGUUUAAUGAGAAGUUUGCAGCAGAACACAAGCAAGAGCUUGCAAAGUUUCCAGAGGAUUGGACGAAGAUCACAAAAGAGGAGGCCUUAGAUGGUUUGAAAGAAGUCUUUGGCAGAAAAGAGUGAAACUAAAAUGGGGCUUUUAUUUUUACUCAGUUUUUAUUGCCGUAUUAAUUUUUAUAUUCUUCAUGUAGUUCAGUGAGUUAUUCUAAAUAUCUUUUAUUCUGUUCUUAUUUUGACUUCGUAUGUUUAAAAUAAGAAAAAUGUGAACCUGAUGUGAGAAUUUUGUCUAAAACCUGAUAUGUUACAUUUUUUCAUUAUUUUUAUUCACCUGUUACUAUUUUCAUACAUAUUUUAAAUUCUGUUGUGUGCUUUUUUAUUGUCAUUAUGUCAAAAUGGCAAAAUAUUCCACCAAGCCUGGAAAAAUAACGUACUUUAACACAGUUGUAAAAUGUCUGAAGCUAGUGAAAUUAUUUUAAAUGAUACAUUUGUUAGGCUGCUGCUGUUUUUAUUUCUUUUAGUGUGGUAUCUGAUACGUGAAAAAAUAGCAUACACAAAAGAAACUCGACUUAACUAAAAUCACAAAUUACUAAAUAUUUUUAUGUCCAUUAACUCAAUAUUUUAUCUUAGAUUUUGAAGUUAAAAUGUGUUUAAAACUUGUCCUUUUUAUAUUGUUGCUACUUUAUUUCUCACCACUUAAUCUUUUUCCGUCACUUAAUGUGUUUCCAUUGUUAAAUAUAUUUUAAUGAAAAUGUGCAUUUUUUUCUCAAUGUAGUUUUGUUUUUCUUGAUUGACUGUAGUUAAACAAUAUUUUUUGAUCAACAUGACUGUGUGAAAUUAAUAGUAUAAUUGAUUAUUGAUUGAUA